GACCGCCGUGAGGGGAGGAGGAGGCUGUGAAGACCUGUCGAGCCCCGCAGGCACCAUGGCUGGGAUCAUCAAGAAGCAGAUCCUGAAGCACCUCUCCAGCAUCCGCUGCUGGCUGUGGUGGAGAUUGGUGCGCUGUGAAUUGCACACUCACCUAAGUGAGUACCAGAAGAGGCUAAGAAGCCCUGGCAGCUGGCUGCUGGCUUUCACCAGGAAUAGGGACCCUUUGUCUGAAUUUCCUGCCCAGAUUUACCAAAAACUUAUCUCCUGACAAGAUCAACCUAAGCACCCUGAAAGGAGAAGGCGAGCUGAAGAACCUGGAGCUGGACGAGGAGGUGCUCCAGAACAUGCUGGAUCUGCCCACGUGGCUGGCCAUCAACAAAGUGUUUUGUAACAAAGCAUCUAUCAGGAUUCCAUGGACAAAACUGAAAACACAUCCCAUCUGUUUGACUCUAGAUAAAGUCAUAAUGGAAAUGAGUACGUGUGAAGAGCCACGAGCCCCUAAUGGUCCAUCACCAAUUGCAACUGCUUCAGGACAGAGUGAAUAUGGCUUUGCUGAAAAAGUUGUUGAGGGAAUUACUGUUUCUGUCAAUUCUAUUGUCAUCAAGAUUGGAGCGAAAGCCUUCAACGCCUCCUUUGAGCUUUCUCAGCUCCGAAUCUACAGUGUCAAUGCACACUGGGAGCGUUCAGACUUGAGGGCCACUCGCGUUCAGGAUCCACAGCGGGGAGAGGUGCUGACAUUUAAAGAAAUAAAUUGGCAGAUGAUUCGAAUUGAAGCAGAUGCCACCCAAAGUUCACAUCUGGAAAUUAUGUGCGCUCCUGUCCGGUUAAUAACUAACCAGUCAAAAAUCAGAGUCACGCUUAAAAGAAGAUUAAAGGACUGCAAUGUCAUUGCAACAAAGUUAGUUCUAAUACUGGAUGAUUUGUUAUGGGUUUUAACGGAUUCCCAGUUGAAGGCUAUGGUGCAGUAUGCAAAGUCUCUUAGUGAAGCAAUAGAAAAGUCAACAGAACAAAGGAAGAGUAUGGCUCCUGAACCUGCACAGAGCUCUACUGUAGCCUCAUCUACCCAGCACGUGAAGACCCCACAGGCUGCCAAUGCUCCCGAUCUAAACGAUGCAAUUGUAAAAUUCUUCAAUGACUUUGAUGUUAAGGAAACCUCUCAUCAUCUAGUGAUUUCUCAUCUAGAUCUGCAUAUCUGUGAUGAUAUUCACGCAAAAGAAAAAGAGUCAAACAGACGCAUCAGUGGAGGCGCUAUGCAGCUCUCUUUCACACAGCUGACCAUAGACUAUUAUCCUUAUCAUAAGGCAGGAGAUAGUUGUAAUCAUUGGAUGUAUUUUAGUGAUGCAACCAAAACAAAGAAUGGAUGGGCUAACGAAUUGUUACAUGAAUUUGAGUGCAAUGUUGAAAUGCUUAAGCAGGCCAUGAAGGAUCAUAAUGUAGGUUCACCACCUAUGUCCCCAACACACGCUUCUCCCCAGCACACCCAAACAGAGAAAGAGUCCACUCCGAAAGGGACUCCUAAAGCACCCUCAGUGUUACCGCAGCCGUCCACAGCGAAGCUGAUGUCUAGCUCCGUCGUGGUUAGACUUGCAGAUUUCAAUAUAUACCAGGUCUCUACAGCAGAACAGUGUCGCUCUUCCCCCAAAAGUAUGAUUUCCUGCAACAAAAAAUCCCUGUAUCUUCCACAAGAAAUGUCAGCCGUCUAUAUAGAGUUCACGGAAUAUUACUAUCCAGAUGGGAAAGACUUUCCAAUUCCAUCACCCAACCUCUAUAGCCAGUUAAAUGCUCUACAGUUUACUGUAGAUGAAAGAAGCAUUCUAUGGUUAAAUCAGUUUCUACUAGAUUUAAAGCAGAGUCUUAAUCAGUUCAUGGCUGUGUACAAGCUGAAUGACAAUUCAAAAUCUGAUGAGCACGUUGAUAUUCGAGUUGAUGGCUUAAUGCUAAAGUUUGUCAUUCCUUCUGAAAUGAAAGCAGGCUGCCAUCAAGAUCAGCCCCACACAGUAUCUAUCCAGAGUUCAGAAAUGACCGCCACCAACACAAGGCACUGCCCGAACUGCCGGCACUCGGAUCUAGAGGCUUUGUUUCAAGACUUCAAAGACUGUGACUUUUUUAGCAAAACUUACACUAGAUUCCCUAAGUCCUGUGACAGUUUUAAUCUUCUACAUCCGAUCUUCCAGAGGCACGCUCAUGAGCAAGAUACCAAAAUGCAUGAAGUUUAUAAAGGGAAUAUUAUUCCCCAGUUGAAUAAAAACACUCUUAAGAUGUCUGCCGCCACCGAUGUGUGGGCGGUGUACUUUUCCCAGUUUUGGGUAGACUAUGAAGGGAUGAAAAGUGGAAAGGGACGGCCGAUAAGCUUUGUAGACUCUUUCCCUUUGUCUGUCUGGAUUUGUCAACCAACGAGAUAUGCAGAAUUACAGAAAGAACUCCAGACUUGUGAUCAAGUGUCUCUUAAUACCUCCCAAAGUGAAUCCAGUGAUCUGGCUGGCCGGGUGAAGCGGAAGAGACUGUUGAAGGAGUACUACAGUACGGAGUCCGAGCCUUUGUCAAAUGGUGGCCAGAGACCUGCGUCAGAAACAUUUUUACGGGUUUCGUCUUCGGAUGCGGAUGUUCACGUCCUGGUUCGUGUCCAUAAACACAUCAGCAUGCAGAUCAACCACUACCAGUACCUGCUGCUGCUCUUCCUACACGAGUCACUCAUUUUGCUUUCGGAUGCCCUGCGGAAGGAUGUGGAAGCUGUAACUGGCAGCCCUGCUUCUCAGACUUCCAUUUGCAUUGGGGUUUUGCUUAGGAGUGCGGAGCUGGCCCUGCUGCUGCAUCCCGUGGACCAUGCUGGCUCUCCGGCUUCUGAAAGCGUGAGCCCGCUGCUUCCUGACUACCCGCCCUCAGAAAAUGGGAGCGUUCUGUCUUCCAAGAGAAAACAUGGUGGUAGUGGUAUGCAUCGAAUUAGAAAUGCAACUCUCAAUCACAUGUCAGACAACAGAUCGAUGAGCGUUGACCUUAGCCAUGUCCCUUUAAAGGAUCCUUUGCUUUUUAAAUCAGCCAGUGACACAAAUCUGCAAAAGGGCACUUCUUUUCUGGACUAUUUAUCAGAUAAACAUUUAGGGAAAAUCAGUGAAGAUGAGAGUAGUGGGCUUGGUUACAAGAGUGGCUCAGGAGAAAUGAUGUCAGAAGUGAGUCACAGAAAGGAUGGGUCUUGCACCGAUGUGGACAGCGUCUUGAACUGCAGAGAUGAUGCAGACAGGUUUUCUCUAAGUGACGGCGGCAACCCAAACACACCUUCAAAUGCUUUAGCUGGUAAAGGAAGUGGAACCGUAGAGUCAAUCUUCAGAGCUGAAGAUUUCCUUCCUGAGGCGGCUUCAGUUCCCGAGAACUCGGAGGAGAGUAAAGAAGAGGUCCCCAUAGCCAGAGCACUUAAAUCCCAGCCAUCUUUAAGUACAAAACCCAAGGAACGCUGCCCCCACACCCCAGCCCCACUCUGUGUUUCCUACAAGAAUAUGAAAAGGAGCGCCUCCCAGGUCUCCCUGGAUGCUAUCUCCCUGGACAGCACGGCCUUGGAAGAGCAGCUGGAGAGCGACGGCAGUGAUAGCCACGUGUUGUUGGGGAAAGCAAUUAAGAGGAACUCCAAUGCAAAUUGCCAGAGUCCAGCAGAGAGUGUGAACCCCAGUGCAAACACACAGAAUUGCGGGGAAGCCUCUCCCGACGCCCUCAGCACGAACUCUGAGGGCGCUCCAGAGAGCCGCGAUGACUUGAUGUCAGUCGUGGUGUUUAACAUUACUGGCAUCCAUGGAGAGAUUGACAUCCGGGGAGAGGACACGGAAGUCUGCCUUCAGGUGAACCAGGUGACACCCAGUCAGCUAGGCAACAUCAGCCUGCGCCAUUACCUCGGGAGUCGGCCAGUUGGUUCUGACCAGAAAGCUGGAAUUCGUCCCAAAUCCUCUCCUGAGAUUUCUCUGAGGUUUGAAAGCGGACCCGGUGCUGUAAUACACUCUUUGCUUGCAGAAAAAAAUGGAUUUCUCCAAUGCCACAUAGAGAACUUUAGUACUGAGUUUCUAACAUCUUCUCUUUUGAAUAUUCAACAUUUUUUGGAAGAUGAAACUGUUGCAACUGUAAUGCCAAUGAAGAUACAAGUUUCCAAUACAAAGAUAAACUUGAAAGAUGACAGUCCCCGCAGCAGCACGGUGUCCCUGCAGCCAAGCCCUGUGACUGUGCAUAUCGACCACCUUGUGGUGGAGAGGAACGAUGAUGGCAGUUUCCACAUCAGAGAUUCCCACGUGUUUAACACUGGAACUGAUUUCCAAGACAAUGCCAGCCGUGACUCAGUGGUGCCGAGCAGUGGGAACUGUGAUGUGAGGAGGCAGCACAGCGUCACCCAGGCCACUCAGACGAGCCCAGAGGUCCCCUGGCCUUCCCAGUCUGUCGGCUGUCCAGAGCGCUCCUUUGACUUUACAAGGGAACAGCUCAUGGAGGAAAACGAGUCUCUUAAGAAGGAGCUGGCUCAAGCUAAAAUGGCUCUCGCGGAGGCGCACUUGGCCAGAGACGCACUUCUCCAUCAAAUGAAGCGGAUGGCCCUCCAGUAGCGGCGGUGGCUGCAAGAACUCAACUCGCAGCUCUGGAGUAGGAAGGUUGUGAUUAAAACAUGGCUGUAACCAGUUAGCGGGAAAUUUUCCUUAACAUGAAAAUAAAGUGAGACGGAGUGUGCUGAAGUGAUGAGUGUUCAACCCAGCUUAGAGAACACUGUGUGCGCUGGGCCGUCGGCCACUGUGGUCCAGGGAGGGCAGCGCACACUGCCACCGCCGCCAUAAGACCGUGAAAAGAUAUUAGUUCCGCAUUAUCAACAUUUAAAAAAGAAAAGUGAAGACCUGUUGUGCUCAUGCAGAUGCUGGAUUUGUUUCUCCUUGUUAAUAAUUUACUAUUAUUUACAAAAAAAAAUCAGAUGCCUUUAGGGCUAAUGUAAAAGAAGGAUUACAUUUUAAAUGUUAUUAAAAUUAUGUACUUAAAUCUAUAAUUAUUUAAUUGCUGUAAAAAGUCUAAUCAAAUUAAUAAAUUAUAUAAUUACUGAGUUUACAAACUGAAAACUCUUGACCACACCGAGCUUAUAAAGUAACUUGAAAAUGUGAAAAGGAAGGCACCUUAAAUGAUGGGCAAGGUUUCAAUAAGGUACAAUUGUAAAAAUAAAAAGCACAAAUACUAGUGUAUGUGAACAAGUGACUUAAAAGCAUUACUUGUACAUUCCAUCAAAUGCUUAUCAUUAGACGUAAAACACAAUUUAUCUUGCUAUAGUUGGCAGUAUUUGUAACUAUAAAAGUCUGAAUUCAUACUAUUUUAAUAUUUCUUUAUCUUUCCUCUUUAAGGAGAAUGUUCUCAGAGAAUUUGUUUUUCACACACAUAAAACAAUUUCAUACCAUUCCUGUAGUAUCACAUCACACACGUGUUUGCUCGUAUGAAAAUAUAAAGCUAGUUUUGAUUAAAUUUCUGUGAUGUGUGUCUAUGUGUGUUUACAUAUGCACACACACACACAGAGUCUUCUUUAAGAGUCAUUGGUAAAUUUUGAAUUCUAUUUUCUAGGGCUUAAGGUUGAAAACAACAUGAGAGAAUCUUAAUUUAUGCAUUAUGAAAUAAAAGUACAUGAGUAUUUUAAGAAACAGGUUUUUGAAGACAAUAUAUUUCUGAUAGAAUUAAAGCAAGUGGUGUCUAUUUUAAACCUCAUACUCCUAAAUAGAAAUGUAUCUAGGAUAGGCCCCUAGACAGCUGGACUGUUCUUUCCUAAAGGUACUGGGAGCCCUGGCCCUUGCUCUGACACUCACGGUGCUUUGCCGUUGGCACAACUUACAGCCAUCCCUGUAUCCAAGGACUUUAUUACAUUAUGUGUAGGGGUGAUUUAAAUUUUAUUGUGAACAGUAUUUACCUCCCCACUUCCCCAUAUCUUCCUUUUCAGUUGACGUCAUUAAAAAAUACAGGCACUGUUUGGGAGCCAACAUACAGCCAAGAACAAAUGAAACUGUUAUUAUCUUACCUCAGAGUAUUUACAACAUCACAUUAAACUAUAUUACUCUAAACUGUAUGUAGCCUUAGAUUAAGUACAAAGGUCUAAUUAGAGCUUCGGAAUGUAUAGGCUGCUAACCUUGAUGUCUAGGUAUGUAUUCAGCGACUCGUACAGGAUGAACUUCUGAGCUGACACUGUUUCUCAGGAUCGACCCAUGCUCUAUAAAUAUAAAAUUUUUCUAUGGUAUAAUGUUAUAUUGUUUAAUGUUACUAGACACUGAAUGUUUUCCUUAUUCCUUUAAAAUGUAUUUGGCUUUCCUAAGAAGUCAUAUAAACAAUAGAGGUGAUAAUAUUCUGAGCA